UCCAAUUUCUCUAAUAACGUGCCAUAUGUUACAUAAGCAGCGAAAUAGUUCUAAGAUACAGAUAGAUUGGAAUAGACUUUGGCAAAAUAUAUUGCUACUAAAAGCGAUCUGAAAAAAGUGCACUAUGCAACACAGGACAAUCUUGUUUGCUGACGAUUGUUUCAGUUUUUUAGUCACCUGCAGCACAACCCACACUUGUAAAUUCAGAUUGACUGGUGUUUCGCCUUCUUUAUUCUGAAUAUUCACAUCAGUGCUUAAGAGCACAUAAAACUACAUGCUCAUUCUGUCCUUUUAAAAAUUAUAUUUUUCCCUCAAUAAGAAUCAAACAGAUUCUAAAUUGAUGUUUGAGAAAGGAGACUCCAAUAUAUGGAUUUAAACGAUGUUUGCAAUGGGAGACAGAAGGCCUCCUGACCAAGUGAUCCUUCAGAGUGUGAUCAAAAAUGGAACCUUCUCCACUUGCUACUGUUUCAGUUUGACACUUCGGUUGGUGUGCAAUUUUCGAACAGGAAGAGUCGCAGCGAUUUUGACGGAAGUUGAGUGUCAGGUACCACCACCUCCCCCACUCCCGGUUCAGUGUAGGCCAGGCCCGGCCAGUCCAGCAGCGCCUCCCCCGGGGCCGCCGCUCGGCCGCAGCAAUCCGGCGUCUCCACAAGCAGCUCAAUGCCCGGAUGUGACUGUCAUGGCAGCUCAUAGGGACCCUCUCACAACUUUCCAAAAACAAAAGGUAAGGCUUAAAUCUGUGUGCAGGAAAAAAAUACUAAACGCACCAGUCAAGACAGUGACCUGACGGGGUCCCUUCGGUUGCAAGCCGCCGCGGCUGCCAUUCCCCGGGAAUUCCAAUACAAACUCUGAAGAAAAUGUCGGCUCGCUCGCACCAGCCGUGGGCGGAGGACAUUUUCGGGCUAAGAAACUGCUAUCACUCUGAAGAGUAAUUUAUAGCCUGGUUUUCCCUGAGCUAAAAUAUGGAGAAAUGAUCUUUCUCAGCCACCUUGUGAUAUGCAACAAUUGGAAAGAGGACAUCUAACAAGUCUCCGCAACAUCCUUGCUUAACAUUCCACCAAAUUGAAAUAUGCAAUCUGACCAGAAAAACUUUGCACAAAUUAAUGAAGCAAAUGCUUUUGUAGGUGCAGUCAGCAAGAGAUUUUGCAGAAGGAAGCUAACUUUGUCAACGGGAAACAUUUUACAAAAGGACAAAGGAGCUGCACAAAAGUGUGCACGAGUUUCAACUAUACCUUCGGUGACUCUGAAUAAUAUUGUGAAUAACCAGUCUUGCCAAGAGUUGAAAUUUAAACUUAAAAAUGUAAAAGUUGUUCUUUCAAGAUUAGAUGUACAGAAAAGCAUCUCUCCACACUUGGUUGUAAAUGACAGUAAGACAUCACUAAGUAGAUGCCAAACUGCAAGAAAAUCCAUGAGGAGAGGUGGCCUAGCUCGGGUGGACCAUCCAAUUAUUUCUUUCAAGGAUAGUUCUUUGCCGCAGUUAUUGGGCGAUGUAUCUAAAACUUCACAGGGAGUGGCAAAAGGUGUACUAGUAAAGGUUCUACGUUUUAGCUGUGAAAAAUGCAAAGAUAGUGCUGAAUACAACCCAAAACAGUUACUGAAACAUUAUCAGGAGUUGCAUGCUGCAGAUUUGCCUGUAUAUCCCUGUGAGUUGUGUAGUUUUACUGCUAAUGAUUUUCAGACACUGAGCCAACACCGAUUGAAACAUCGCACUCCUCUUCUUAAGUGUGAAGUUUGCAAUGAUGGUAAAAUGUAUACUCUACAAGAGCUGAGAAAACAUUUAAAUUGGAAACAUGGUGUAAAUGGUAAUUUUCGCUGUGAAAAAUGUCGGUUUUCUACGAAGGAUCAAGGUACAUUUAUUCAGCACAUUCACAGACAUGAUGUGAUUCAGUACAAAUGUGGUAAAUGUGAGCAUGUAAGUUACACAAAAGGUGAGUUUCAGAGACAUCUUGUUGUACACACAGGAGCUUUUCCCUUUUGCUGCCAAUACUGCAAAUAUGGUGCAACACGUAAAGACUAUAUUAUAAAACACAUUAAUGCUGUCCACAAGGGCUUGACAGAAAGUAGCAGUUCAAAAACAGAAGUGGAUUCAUGUCAGAAAGGAAAAUUGAAGAGUUCGGCAGGUCUGAAACUUGUUCUGAAAAGAUAUAAAAAUGGGGUGUCUCGGAAAGUACAAUGGAGAAAGAAAAGGCAAAUACUGCAUUUGUCAACUACAAAAGAUAAUGCUAAGAGAUCUGAUGAUGCAACAAAGAAGUUCAUCCAACCUGUACAACCGUCUCCAGUUGUAGAUGUGGGUUUGAAUGAAAAAGUAGUUGGUCCCAAAGAUGCCAACAUUGAGAAAGAUGAUAGCUGUAGGCUUUGGUCGCAGACUUCUAGUCUACAGAAGGCAGCAGAUGUAAAUAGCUCUAAACAAACAGCUAUAAAAAUUGUCCCAUUUCAGCCCCCUGUCCUAAUACUAAAGAAUAAGUUAUCGGUGCCACCUAACUAUAGUGCUCAAUUUAUGGGCUUCAAAGUUGUAAAUGGCAAACAACAUUUAGUAUUGAAGCUAAUACCUACAUGUAAACAAAAUGCAAGUGCUUCAGAUUCUCAAACUAAAGCUAGUAAUGAUGGUUCUUUAUGUUUGCCUCAGAACACAGGAAAUUCAGAUGUUAAAUUACCCUGUACACAAGCAUCACAUGUGAAUGCAGAAUUCAUUAGAUUAUCAAAUAUUUUGACAAAUCAGCCUCAUGCAUUCAUGGUAACGGACAAUUCUACGGCGCCAAAGAUACAAACUUCAGUUCCACAGAUAUCUCACACACUUUCCAUAACGAGUGAUAAGUUUGCUCAGGUUAAGACAAUAGAGCCAUUAACUGUAGGUAUGAAUUCAUCUCUCACAGGUAAGUUAUUACUGCCAACAUCAUCUUUGAAUCUAAUUGAGUCCACAAUAAGCAAAACUAGACCAGAUAACCAAAUUAAACAAAACAAGACUGCAACCCCAGAAGGAUCAUCUUUAUCAGACAGUUGUUCAUCUCAGACAUUUGUAUCUUCAACUAUUAACCAAAUUUCUUCAAAAGGAUUGCAAUGCUUAAAGGAGCAGGCUUCCAGUGGAAAAAUGAUGUCUCCUUCAGACUGUGAUGCUUCAUUACAAUCCAUAAAAGGUUGCCAUUUGCCUUUUAUUCACAAUUAUGCUAAGGUGAAGAUUUCUACUUCAAAUCAAUCUUCUGGCUUGAUAGUGCAGGGUAAUAAUUCAAAGCCAACAACAAUUUCGCAACCAUCAGUUCUUCCUCAAAGUUCCUUUAAAGAUGAAUCAAGCUCUGGGCAGCCACAUAAUCUAGAAGCUCAUAGAAUUCAUAUGUCAAGCCUUCAACAGCUGCAAUGUAUUGUAACUUCUCAAGCCUCUACAAAUUCAAAAUAUGAUCCAUUAAGUGGUAAGGUUUCAACAGCUAGCACUUCAAGUUCUAGCGAACCAUCAUCAACAAGCAUUUCAUCCCAGUUGCUGCUUGGCUGUCAAAAUCCAGGUAGCCAAGGUAUGAAUGAAUUUAAUUCGCCAAUGAUUCUGCAAAUACGGGAACCUUCUGAAAUUGUUGAAGAAUCUGAUGUAGGCAGAAAAUCAGUGGCAUCAAAAAAUAUUACUCAGUUGUCUACAGUAUGUACAAGUUCUACAGCAUCAAGUUCUAAUGUCUUUUCUGCUUCAAGUGAACUUGGAGCUGAAACUCUAAACCCAAGAUGUGGUGAUCUCUGUAGUAAUUCUGUAGUUGAGUGUAAGCUUAAUUCUUGCUAUGCAGUAUUAAGCACAGGUGUUUCAGAGCAAAGUAUCUGUCCCAUCAAUGUUGAGGAACCUAACCAAGUUAAUCAUGAUAAAUGUUUGCAUAAUUUAAAUUUACAUUCUACAGAAGUACCGAUAUUGGAAAAAUGUGAGUCUGAAGCCUCAAAGGUUAGUGAAAUGGAAUUCAAAAAUGUCCAUGAAAUACCAACUGGCCAAAAUUGUAUGGAAGUGCAGAGACAACAUGAGCUUAAGUGUACAAGUAAUCGGUCCUCUACAACAGAUUGGAUACCUUGCUUGGAGGGAAAUGCUAAAUUUCAUCCACUCCACUGUUUUGAAACGAUUUCUAGCGAUAGCUCAGGUUCACAGGAAGAGAUCCUGGAUUACAGUAGAUCAGAAUCAUUUUCAGAAAUAUCAACUUGUCUAAGUAAACCAGAUGUAGAGAUGAUGGACUGUUCUAUCAUCGAUAACAAGGAUCACAGUGUUACUGCAGAAGGCUUGUUGGAAGAGCAAGUUAGUGAGCGUAGUGUUUCCCCAGUAAUGCCUAGAAUUACAUCUGUGUUCUCAUUGCAGACUGGGGAUGGAAUGAGUUGCUUGGCUCCUGAAGAAAAUCAGUUACUACUUGAUGCAUUGAAAGCCUCUUCCAUAUUUGGUGAUGAAAAUUCUUGCAGUGGAUCACAGUCUCCUCAAAAUAGUCCUCCUAGUUUUCCAGAAAAACAGACUAGUAUAUCUACUGCAACAAACAAAAUGGAUUUACAUAAUUAUUCUAUUAAGCAGGGCUCUUGGUCUGCACAGUUGGAUUGUCUAAAUGAUAGCUGUGAUUUGAGUACUGACAAAUCUCUAGGUGAGAAAAAAACACUGCAGACCCUAUCUCCACCUGUAUCAAGCAGUUGCAUGCCACCAAAUGUUGAAAAAUUGAACACACUGUUAAAGACACAUUCUGCUGAAAUAAUUAACCAGCAGUUGUUAAAGGAUGCAAUCCGUACCUCUGCUAAUGUGAGCAGUAACUCCGCUGUAGCACCUGUCACACUUCUGGGUCCUUUGCGUCUUGCUGGUAUCACUAAAUCAGUUCUAAUCCAACCAUCACAGAAAAGUUCUGCAGUGCCCUUACAUUUGACAAAACAGUCUAGAUUGCACAUAGUCUCUGGGGGAUCAGUUCCACAGCCAAAAGUUGUUACUGCAAACUCUGCCUCCCUGCCAGAUAAGGGGUCUGGUUUAAUACUUACUUUUGGAAAUGGAACUCUUGGUGCAGUUGCUAGUAUUGUUUGUGGUGGCACUCCUCCGACAUUGAAUGGAACAAGUGCCUGUGUACAAGGACAAACACCAGUAUCUGCCAAGAUCACGCAAAAUACGUGUUCAUUAACCAGUGAUUCCAGAGUAGAUUGCAUGAAGACCACACCAGUAAACAGUUUGUCUUUCAAUGAUACUUUGCCUAAAGAUCCAGUUUCCACUGUGUUUGAUCAUCAUUCUUAUGCAAAGCUUGCUUUUGAUAUUAAUAACAGUAAUACAGCUGAGAAAGGUGCAUUAAACAUAAAUGAUCAGGAUAAAAAAAUAUUUAUUGAACCACUUGAAAAUAUUACAUCAUCUGUUUCAAAUAAUUCUCCCUCGGUUCCGCUAAGGCAAGGGACUGUUUUGGGUUGUGAGAACACACCAAGUACAAAUUCUGAAAAUGUAUCAGACCAACAAACUGUUGUGCUUCAAUGUAUUGCAAAGAAACCUACUGAAACUAGAAGUGAAGACGCUGUGACAAAUUUUAGUCCUAUAACUGAAGAAAAUGGGCCAUUUCAGAAGAAAAUUUUCUUGAGAUUUAUUAAAAGUUCUAAUGGGGAGUCAGGAAUGAAAAGUAAUCAACUUCUGACAAAUUCCAUGGCACUUCACAGUGAUGCUGCAGGUGACUUGACUAAGUCUUUACAGCAGCCAAGUCAGACUGCGUUGUUUGCUGGUGGCUCUCCAUGUAUCCUGCUACCAGUGAAUAAACCUGUGCCCUCAACUCCUGCAAAUGACAACAACCCUCCUCAACUUGGUGCUCAGACUUCUCUUAAACUUCCUAUUCCUCCAGCUCCCAGAAGUUCAUCCAUUCGUUCUGCUGAGAAAAGAAAUGCUAACAAAGUCUCUUCGGUUUCUUCUCUGAGAUCUGCAACAAAACCAAUCUGCAGAUGGGAUGAUGAGGAGUCUGAUGAGCUGUGGCAGCCACGGAAAUCAUGUAAUGAAAAACUUGUUUUCAGAUAUAGCAAGCGACUAAAAAAAAAGUUGGAGAAUUCUGAAAAUCAAUCAAAAACAGUAUCCAGUAGCUUUAAUGAACUUCAAGAAAUAGAGCGAGAACGAAAAAAUCCUCCUGAAGUUAAGAAUAUCGCAUCUCGGCGUAGCAUCGUAAAAACCCUAAGACUUGUACCUUUUGAUCAUGGGCAGCUUAUUAGAUGUCCCAGAAGAAACCAACCUGUGAUAGUGCUUAAUCAUCCUGAUGUCGAUGUCCCUGAAGUGGUUAAUGUCAUGAAAACCAUUAAAAAAUGUAAAGGAAAUGUUCUCAAAGUAGUUUUAUCAAAAAGAACAAUAUGUGCUUUGUUGGAUGCUUGUAGCAGUUUGCAGGUAGCUGAGAAAGGUUUCCUCCUCAAUCAGUGCAAAAAGAUAAAACCAGUAAGCCCUGUAAAGGAAAGAUAUGUGCUGAAGUUAAAAUUGAAAAAGACAAGCAAGAACAAUUAUCAGAUUGUAAAAACCGUUUCGAAUAAAGCUGUUGAGGCUAAAUUCAGCUGCUGGUUUUGUGGUCGAAUAUUUGAUAACCAGGAGGAUUGGGUGGGUCAUGGUCAACGUCAUUUAAUGGAAGCUACAAGAGAUUGGAAUAGCUUGACUUGUUGAUAAUGCAUUAAGUAUCAAAAAGUCUAAGAUAGAAAGUAAUUUGUGAUGUUGAUGUUUUGCCUUUGUCCAGUUCACUGCACCACUUCAGCUGUUAAUGUAAAUUUAGUGGAGUGGAACUGUCUUCUGAAAUCUGGAUGAGAGAAAAGCAUUUAAAUGUGAAUGUACUUAAAGGCCUUUAUUGAGUGUUUUACAGUAUUUUUUUGCUUUGAACUGUUUGUAACAAUGGCACUGGCACAGUGUUGGGCUUUACCUAAUAGUUUGGAUAACACUAAUUAAAUACACUCUUCAGAGAAUUUGGAAAUAACAAUUUUCUUUCAGGUUUUAUUUUGACCUAAAAUCUUCAUCAAAGAGGGGUAAUAUUAUGUGGUGUAAAUUUAUUUUAUCAUUGAAAAUUUGCUAAAGUGAACUUGAUUCAAAUAAUUGUAAUGUCUUGAUUACUGAUGUACUGUUUAGCACAGUUUGUGUGCUGGACCCAAGCAAAGACAAUCAUUUGUACUUCUAACCGCUGUUUGCUCUACAAUAAGUUGCUACAAAAUGAUUAAACAAACUGUUUUUAGAUUUCUAAA